AUUCCGAGUAAUGUUUACAUCUGCCUGUGGAUUUUAAUAUUUGUAAUUUUUUGACGUACAAACUUUAUUUGUUUUAUUGUUUUUAUUUGUUGUCUAAAAUUGUUAAAAUUCUAUUCUUUAUAACUUUAAAAAAAAUUGUGUUCUUGACAUAAGUUUAUUGUUUGCAUUUAGAAAAUUAUAUUUCGACCAUUGGUGUCUAACGGUCAGGGAAGUCAGGGAAAAGUCAGAGAAUAUAAAUGGUCAGGGAAAAAUCACAGAAAAGUCAGGAAAUUUCUUUAAUUUUCUGGAAUUUUUUUAUGAAUAAAUUAAAUGGUUUACAGAACAGACAAAGCAGUUUAAUCGAUUUUAAAGAAAGAUUUAAAAAAAAAAAAAUGGCUCAAAGUGCAACCCUUUUGGCAAGAAUAGUUGCAUCUUCUGUGAUUGUUGUGAAUAGAGCGGGAAAAAUAAUACGUGAUGUAAUGAGUCGCGGUGAAUUGAAUAUAAUUGAAAAGGGUAAAAAUGAUUUACAAACUGAAGCCGAUCGUUCAGCUCAAAAAUGUAUUAUUUCAUCGCUCAGUAAACAUUUUCCAAAUAUAACAAUUAUUGGCGAAGAUAAUUCUGCCUCCUGUGAAAUUCCUUCGGAUUGGAUUGUCACCGAUAUGGAUCAAGAGAUACUCACUCUUAAAUUACCUGAAUCUCUCGAUAAUAUCGAGGCAAAAAAUAUAUGUGUUUGGGUCGAUCCACUUGAUGGAACUUCAGAAUAUACUCAGGGUCUAGUUGAGCAUGUAACCGUUUUGGUGGGCGUUGCUGUUGGCAAAAGGGCAGUUGCCGGUAUUAUUCAUCAACCUUAUUAUAAAAAUGACAAUAAUGGAAGUUUGGGUAGAACAAUUUGGGGUAUUGACGGCGUGGGCAUUGGUGGUUUUAAGAAUAUUUCUCCACCAAUUGGAAAGAGAAUCCUCACAACUAGUCGAUCGCAUUCCAAUGAGACUGUAGAAAAAGCUGUGAAUUCUUUGGAGCCUACUGAAGUUUUACGAGUCGGAGGUGCAGGACAUAAAGUGAUGUUAUUGUUAGAAGGAAAGGCUCACUGUUAUGUUUUUGCAAGUAAAGGAUCAAAAAGAUGGGACACAUGUGCACCGGAAGCAAUUCUUCAUGCAGUUGGUGGAAAACUUACAGAUCUUCUUGGACAAACUUAUAAUUACGAUUCGAAAACUGAUUUUCCAAAUAUUGGAGGAGUUUUAGCCACUGCACCUGAUGAAGAUCAUCGUUGGUAUUUAAAUCACAUUCCAGACGAAAUAAAACAGAAAUUUCAGUAAAUUAUUUUCAUAGUUAGAUGAAUUUUAAAAAAUUUUAUUUUAUUAUUUUAAUUUCUCUUUAUAAUUCUAAAAGAGAGUAAUUUUUAUUUAUAUACGACGCAAUUUUUUUCAUUUCUAUUUUAUUAAAAUAUAAAUGAUAAAA